GCCAGCGGCUUAGGUGGGAACGCAGUCUCGCGCAGCUUGCUGAGGCAACAGUCGGGGUUAUAGCAACGGAAAAGCCCAUCAUCACAGACAACGGGACGGCUGUGAGAGGGACAGUGUCGCACUUCAGUCUUCUGUAAGGUGGUCCACCACAACCUGAUUUGAACGGUUCACACCAACACACACCCAGCGCAGCAGGAGGAUGGCGGUGAAUGUCUACUCCACCUCUAUGACCAUAGAGAACCUGAGUCGCCAUGACAUGUUGGCAUGGGUCAACGACUCUCUGCAGCUCACGUACACAAAGAUCGAGCAGCUCUGUUCUGGUGCUGCAUACUGUCAGUUCAUGGACAUGCUGUUUCCAGGGUGCAUAUUAAUGAAGAAAGUCAAAUUCAAUGCUAAACUGGAACAUGAAUACAUCCACAACUUCAAGGUCUUACAGGCGUCAUUCAAGAGAAUGAAUGUGGACAAGAUCAUCCCCGUAGAAAGGCUGGUGAAGGGGAAGUUCCAGGACAACUUUGAGUUCCUCCAGUGGUUUAAGAAGUUUUUCGACGCCAACUAUGACGGGAAAGAAUACGACCCUCUGAUGUCACGGCAGGGCCAGGAGGGAACGCCGCCUCCACCUAACCCAGGCCCCAUGAGAACAUCUCCCACAGCACCCAAGACUGUUCCCACCCCCCAGAGGCAGAUCAACUUAGCAGCAGCCCGCAGGACCACUCCCAUGACCCGCAAUGGAGGAGACGCUGAGCUCAUAGAGCUCAACCAGCAGCUGCUGGACAUGAAGCUGACCGUAGACGGACUGGAGAAGGAGAGGGACUUCUACUUCGGAAAGCUGAGAGACAUCGAGCUCAUCUGCCAGGAAAGUGAAAGUGAAAACCCAAUCCUCAACAAAAUCAUAGAUGUACUGUACGCUACAGAGGAAGGGUUCGCACCACCAGAUGAGGAUGAAAUUGACGAAGGGGCACAUGGAGACCAGGAGGAGUUCUGAACUCUUUUCCCUCUCUUUGUCAUCCCCCCCUCACCUCUCACCCUUUAAGCUACCUGAUAAUUACUGUCAUAAUACCCCUCUUUCCCCCUUUAUUUUAUUUUUUACAACCUUCCCUUACUACCCCCAUCUUGUCUGCGGCUGUCCAUAUCCAUGACGACUUUGUUGCACAGCCUCGCUUCCCAAACUCUUACUAGCAGAGGACACUUAACCCAGACCUGUCUGGACUAGGGCCCAGCAGCCUGGCUUGGUUUACUGGACGUAUUCUGACCUGUUACCCGAGGAGACAGCUGCACUGCGGGGCUGGUUUAGCCUGCUAGAAUGGUUUAUGGUUAAUAGCAAUGAGAUUACAGGGAUCUAAGAGGCAUGUCACUUUCUCUCACCAUGCACUUUGAUUGGUGACCACACGGACGCACACAUGCAUCAGGGUUCUCUGCAGAGUUUAUAUAUGAAACCCACAAUGUUUCCACACAAUGUGACCAAUUAAAGGAUAUAUUGGCUGUUAAUUUCACAAGGUGAGAUUAUAAAUUACGCCCCAUAGGGGAGAGGCCUGCACAAGUACUUCAAGCAUAUUUCAUAUUGUGACACAUGUGAACGUAUAUUUAGCCCCCGGGACAUAUCACAGACUUUGAACUGCUCACAUGUACAUGCAUAGAGAAGUCAUCAUUCCCAGGUGAAGAUGUCUGCUUUUACUCAUCGUAUCCCACCAGACAGGGUUUGCUAAUGACUUAUUUUGACAGCUUGUUAAUGAGAUAGCAUGAUAUAUUUAUGUUUUUAUUUAUUUAUCUUUUUUUUUUUAAAAAAAUCUGCUCUAUAUAGUUUCUGAGAAAAAAGAAUUGUGGUUUUGGAUUUGGAUAAAUUGAAGGUCUUGCACUAAAUGUAGCGAAACAAACCGACUGAAAUGAUCCAAAAUGCCAACAUGCAGUGAAGAUACAGGUAGAUGCAAUUUUAUACUUUGUAGAUUUGUUUUAAAGAGGCUUGUUUUUUAUUUGCAUUGAAUUCCUCAAUGGCCAAGUUGGAGGCGUCAGUGUAAGAGUUAUUUAUCAGGCUUUGAAUUCUAUGAAUGAACAAAUGUAAAACAUUAAAAAAAAAACCAGUAAGACACUACAGACAGACACUACUAAAUACUAAUGUUUGACUGUGUUAAUUGAGUUAAACAUUUUAGCUGCUAUCAUUAUUCUUCUGUUGCCGUAUUUAAUUGAGUUUUGUUGCAACGCGUUAAAAACACCACAGUGGCUGCCAAGGAACUAUUGUUGUGGUUUACUGUGAUGGACAGCCAGACUGAGUGUGAUUGACAGUAGUUGAACCAAUCAGAGAGAACAAAACCGUUUGUUGCCAUGGCAGCCAUGUGAUAAACUUGCAUCAUUUGGAGUUACUGCUAGAAUGAAAUAAAGCUCUGAUGUUCAAGAAAAGUCACAAACC